AUGGAGAGCGUCUAUGAUGCAAAUCAUGCAAUAUAUAACGAACAACUGAAAUCUGGUCGCAGAUAUUAUUGUGAGGAAUAUAACGUUAUCAAAGAAUUAGCAUUAAACAGAGAAUUCUCAGAUAAUUGCUUAGAAAACAUGAGAAUCCUCGAUCUUGGCUGUGGUUCAGGAGAAUUUGUGGCACACAUGAUUCAAAAAGGAGCCCAGACUGCAAUUGGUAUUGAUAUUUCUCAAAAAAUGAUUGAUGACGCCAAUAAUUUACUUUCCAGCCAGCCACAGCUAUCAUCACGUUUUUCAUUCGCUAAAGCAAAUUGUUUUUCCAUCGAAAAUGUGCAAGAAAUUUUGCCUCUUGAAAAAUACGCUGGCUAUUUUGACGCAAUUACUUCAAUAUUUUUACUAUGCUAUGCCCAAAGUGAAAGAGAAUUAAACGAUUUGUUUUGCCUUUGCAAUAAAUAUUUAAAGGAAAAUGGAACUUUUGCCUUUAUCACAACAAAUCCAAGAAUUGCAUUAGAAUUUCCAGAAUACCAAGAAAAAACCAAGACUGGAGGGUUUAGGCUGUUAAGUUUACAAGAAAAUAAUGGCUUGCCUUUGCUUGAAGGAGGAUUUUGCGAUAUUGAUACAAAUGAGCUAAGAUUUACAGUCAGCAAUAUAAUUUAUUCAAGAGCACAAAUCCAAUCUGCAUCAGAGCAAAAUGGCUUUGAAAUAGAGACAACUUUUUAUCCUGCUUUUCACCCAGACUUUGACAUUACUAGCCUUUCUACUAGGAUAAGCAUUGAUUUUCUCAACGGAAACGACUCAAUCAGUUUCUUUUUUAAAGCCAAAAAAGUUCGCUCUUUAUAG